AUGGAUGUUUCUCUUGCUUUCUCCAGUUCAAAAAAGUACAAUGUGUUCAUUAGUUUUAGAGGAGAAGAUACUUGCAAUACUUUUACUAGUCAUCUUUAUACUGCUUUGUGUCAGAAAAAGAUUAAAACCUAUCUAGACGAAGAGCUUAAGAAAGGAGAUGAAAUUUCACCCGCGCUCUUGAAAGCGAUCGAAGAAUCAAAGCUUUCCAUGAUAAUUUUCUCGCAAAACUAUGCUUCCUCCUCAUGGUGUUUGGAUGAGCUCAAUCACGUUCUCAAGUGCAAGGGAAAACAUCAUAAACAGCUUGUUGUGCCGGUCUUUUAUCACGUAGAUCCGUCGCAUGUGCGUAAACAAAACGGAAGCUAUGGAGUUGCUUUUGCGAGACAUGAAGAACGUUUAAAGGACAAAAUGGAUAAGGUUCAUCAAUGGAGGAUUGCUUUAGCAGAAGCAACUAAUCUCUCUAGUUGGCAUAUAUAUAUUGUCAGGUCGGAAUCUAAGCUAAUUGAAGCCAUUGCCAAAGAUAUCAUAGGAAAACUGAACAAUAUAUCUUCAGACGAUAAUUCCGAGGACCUAGUUGGUAUUGACAAACGAGUUAGCCAAAUUGCAACGUUGUUGGAUAUUGGCUCGUCAAAUGUUCGAAUUGUUGGCCUUUGGGGCAUGGGGGUAUCGGCAAAACAACGUUGGCUCGUGUUGUGUUCAAUCGGUACUAUGAUCAAUUUGAAUGUUGCUACUUCCUUGAAGAUGUUAGGGAGGAAUCCAAGAAACAUGGACUCCCCCAUUUACAAAUAA